CGGGGUGAGAAUUUGAAACCGGCAAAGCGCUUCCCGUGGUGGUCGUCGAGGAGAGGAGAGGGGAGGAGAGGAGAGGAUCGCUGUGGGCUGCUGGCUACCUCGGGUCAAGGCAGGUCGGGGAGGGGGCGAGGGAGGCCAUGUGAGGGAGCAUACUGUAUAUAUAAAAUGGAAGGGGAGAAUGAAUGAGGGUUGCUGUUUUGGGAUCGGAUCAGGUGGAGUGAGAACCGGUGGCAAUAGUGAGAUUCAUUGAUUCACUCGUAGUAUUUAUUGGGUUGGGAGGGAUGAGCGUUCGUCUGGCUUGAGUGGGCAACAAGUGGGCGUUGGGUCGGGGAGAGAGAGCUGGAGAGGGCUCUGAGGGAGAGAGAGAGAGAGGGAGGGAGGGAGGGAGGAGGCGUUCGUCGUCAACACUCGAGAGAGAUCAGUCGGAUGAUAGGUCGCUGGAACUUGAGCGUGUGAAAUGAAUGGAUGAAUGAGGACCCUUGGUUGGUUGAUUGAUUGAUUGAUUGAUUCAGUAGGAUGCGAGAGUGAGUGAGAGCAAGGCAGAGAGGGAGAGAUCGAGGGACGGCGAUCUUUGACGAGCUGACUUUCAAUUAGGGGAGGCGAGCAGGUCGCAAGGAUCUAUAUUGUCUUCCUUCCAUCGCAGCUGGUCGGCACGCACACGGGAUUUGGGAGAGCUCUUUCAUGACAAGAAAGGCGAGUCCACGAGCUGCCGGCUGGGAUCUGACGCUCUCACUCUGACGGGAGUGUGUUGCAUCGGUGCAGUUUGGAUCUCCCAGCGUCGGGGUUGAGUCGAAGGAAUUCUUUGUUGUCGCUCAGAAGGGAUCAAGAGUUGCCCAUUCUGGCAUUCAACACUCCAUCCAUCAGCUUGAACCUCGGGGAGGAGGGGAAAGACAUGGACGUCAUAGAGGAUAAUUUCCACAUGGAUUCUCCCAUGGUCCCUUUAAAGCAGCAAGUGGACCUUGACAAGGACGAUGUGAGCCUGAGAAGAUGGAAAGAGCAAUUGCUUGGCAGUCUCCAGCUCGACGCUAUUGAUGUCAAUGUGGAACCUGAGGUGAAGUUCUUGACCAUAGGGAUGAUCCAGCCGGGACUCGAGGACAUAACAUUCACUUUGCCUUUAACUUCUACUCGUGGACCGACGUUCACUUUGAGAGAGAACAGCCUUUACAACCUAAAAUUUACUUUCACCGUGCAGCGCAAUCUCGUAUCUGGGUUGACCUAUGUCAACAAGGUUUGGAAAAGCGGUCUGUUAGUCGAUAAGACUUCUGUGAUGAUCGGGACCUUCGCACCUCGGAAGGAGCCGUACACACAUAUAAUGGAGGAAGAAGAGACACCCUCAGGAGUUCUGGCCCGCGGUUCAUACACAGCCAAAACCAAGUUCGUUGACGACGACGGUUUGUGCUACCUUACGAUCGACUACUCUUUCCAGAUUGUGAAAAACGACAAGCAUGCCCAAGCAUGAUAAGCAUGUCCACCACGAAGCAUGUGUGCCCUGAUGCAACCCAUCACAAUGUCUGUCAGACAGUAAGCGAUCUCGUAGCUUAAGUUGCCACUGAUCACAUCGUUGUGAGGAAUUUUUAGAAGUGUGGUGAUUCUCAGGGUAGUGCUAUGUCUUAUCCUUAAUCUUGCCCUUACACCGAUGUGAUGAAGUAACAGAUGGUUCUGGGUGUGAAAUACAUCCUGAUUCUGACAGUGACGCUGUGAGGUGGUGAUUUUAGUAGCCGUUUCUUACUACUCGGAAAGUAGCGGUUAGACCAGUGAAAUCGGGUGCACUUUUGGUUGCAAAAUGGCACUGAUUUCCCGUCUCCAUUUUCGAAAAAGAUAAAAGACUAUAAGGAUAUGUGAGCUCAUGUCUCAGACAAAUCUGCUGCUUACGUUGCAGCUUUUCUCCCGGUGUAAUAAUAUUUGUAUAUUCUAUCAUAUGUUAUAAAUCAAGGC